CCUGCCUGCCUGCCUGCCUGCCCGCCUGCCUGCCUGCCCGCCUGCCUGCCUGUUUGCCUGUUUGCUUGCCUGCCGCAAUGAGAGCGCUUGCCUGCCCGGCCCGGUGGUCUGCGAGACAGCAUCGGCACAUUCCGCUGUGUGUGCUGCCGCCACGAUCGACCCUGCAUCCCGUGUGGGGCGCCUCGGUGCGGUGGUCCUCGCCCAACACCGCCUUGCAGCUGGAUCGCCGGUUCAGCCACUCGCUCAUCAAGUCUGCCGAGCACGAUGCAUUUGUGGAGCACCUGAAACGCCAGUGCCCCUCCAAGCCUGCUCGGAUUUUCAUUAUCGGGCUGGUGGGCAUGUUCUUCAAGCUGUCGCUGAAGCUCUUCUUUAACGUCAAGACCUUCCACAAGGAGCGGCUCAUUGAUAUGGUCAGCAAUCGCGGCGAGCGGCCCCUCAUCACCGUCGCCAACCACUCCUCCACCAUGGACGACCCGAUGCUGUUUUCGAUCCUGCCGACCUCGGUGCUGCUCGGCGACCCGGACAAGAUGCGGUGGUCGUUCGGAGCCAAGGAAGUUGUCUUUAUCAACGAUCUGAUAGGCAAGUUCUUCUUUGCUGGGAACGUCUACCCCAUUGUCCGCGGGAACGGCAUCUUCCAGCCCGCCAUGGAUAUCGCGGUCGACAAGGUCCAGAACAACCAAUGGGUCCAUCUCUUCUCGGAAGCGCGCAUCAACCAGGAAGAUGAAAUGGACCGGUUCAAGUGGGGGGUCGCCCGGCUGAUCAUGGAGAGCAAGACGCCGCCGGUUGUAGUCCCGUUUUGGCACAAGGGCAUGGUCAAGGUGAUGCCAGAAAGCAGUCGCAUUCGCCUUCCGCGGCCGUUCAAAACCCUGGUGCUGGCAUAUGGCGAGCCGAUCGACUUUAAGGAUCUCCUUCCAAAGCUGCAAGGAAAGGACCUUGCCGAGACUCGCUCCAACAUCACCGAGUACAUCCGCUCCAAGAUGAUCGAACUUCAGCGCCAGACCGAACUCCAAAUGAAGCGGGACAACAUCCAGGCGUGAUGUCGUGGAGCCGCACGGGCUUUCCAGCAUGCGCGUCUUGGAUGCAGGGGCUGUCCGCGCGGUCAGCUAUCUAUGUAUGAAACUAAAGGGCAGGCGCUGUGGCAUCUGUGGAUGCAGGACAGCGGCCUUUGGGGCUCAACUUCCAGCCCUCACCACUGCGGCAGAUUUUUCCAGGAUAGAACCAAGGUUGUGUUGCACCUGCCCUCCCCACCCCUCUCCUCCUCCUUUCCUACUUUGAGCCAUAUUUGCUCGCCCCUAUCCAUUUAUUGCCCUUGCAUGUCACUUUUCCCUUCACUAUCGGCAGAGCUGUAUGAAGUAAACUGUUUGAAAUCUCCAACAUUC